AUGAGCCUCUUCCCUGUGAUUGGCACAAACUUGCCGGAAGCAGCCAAUGGGGUGGAUACACAGCACUCCCCGGAAUCCUGCAGUGUGAAUGGCCCGUACACCCAUGCCCCGACUACCCCCACACAGCUCCUGAAGUUUGGGAGUAGGAUGCCCAGUCCUGGGCAGGGAUCCCUUGAUGUGACCCCUAGAGAGACAGAGAACUGUGUGGAUGGGGAGAGAGCAUGCGAUGGACAAGAAAACCCCAUAGACACUCCUCACAACACCACGUCCCAUUCAGACACACAACAACACACAGACACGCUCCCAGCACACCCCUCCCUCCCCACUACCACAUGCACAGCAGACACAGAGCCAGACCCACACGUGCCCUCCAAAGACAUGUCCCUCACUGGACCCCCCCAAACAGGUAUGCCCCUCAACGAGACUCUGUCUGGAGACUGGCAGCACACAGGCAUGCCAUCCAAAGACACAGCCCCAGAGGGGGACACUCACAGCACAGACAAAAAGCAGUCAGAGACAGAGCACACAGAGCCUUCUAGCUGCUGUGCUGCAGAAACAGAGGAGGAAAAGGAGGAGGAAGAGUGUGAAAAGGAGAGAGUGGAGCAGCGUGCAGGGAAACACACAGGCUGA